AUGGAAAGUCUUUCGAUUAGCGGGUGUGUGAACGCAGCAAAAUUACUAGCUGGUACGGUUAAUUGCGAAAUUUCAUUUUCUAACUAUGCGGAGUUUUUGGAGUCUACAUGUAAAAAUUAUUUUUUAUUUAACAACAAACUUUGGUGCCCACUUCGAGACCCGUGUUGUAUUAAACACGCGGACGAAAUUGUACGGGGGUUAUUCCCCAGUUGCUCAGAAAUAGCAAAGGCUAUAAUUGAUUUAUCAAGUAAAAUCUGUAAUACAUCAAAAAAUGCGGGAGUGGAGUCUGCUAAUGAAGGCUGUAGAGUUGCCGUUAACUUGGCAAUAUUUAAACCGCGCCAAGCUUGUUAUCAAAUAUUUUCGCCUACGCAUCUUGCACCUUCCAAUCCAAGCAGCUUUUAUUAG